AUAAAUAAAACCAACUGAUAGUUGGCAACGCGGCUCAAUCAGCUGUUGAAUUUUGGGUUAUGUUUCGUUUUUAUUGUUAUCGUAAUUUUAAAAGCCGCACAACAUGCUCAGAAGUUUACGGCAAAUAGCUAGACUACGGAAACUGGCGACAGUUCCGGCCUGCAAUAUACAGCACACAAUUGCCGUACCAUGCAGCGUAUCAACAAAUAUUCGGGCUCAACUACACACCAGCAGCAUCGUAAAUAAAUACGACAAGAAAUCCUCUGGUCGGAGAGAAGACAUUGACAGCGACGAUGAGGCAGAUGAAGAUUUUAAGGAUGAUCGUGACUCAAAGGUGGUGAAGACCAAAGUUAACUCGCUUCGCGCCGACUUGCUGCUAAAGUCUGGACUUGGCAUGGCCAGAAACAAAGUGGAGCUUAACUUCUACGAGAGCAAAAUCCGUGUUAAUGGACAAAAACUACAGAAAAAGAGCGUGCAGCUUGAAGUCGGCGACGAAAUUGAUGUAGUACGCGGCUUCAGUCAGUCUAAUCCCUCCCAUUUGGUUAUCGCACGUGUCGUAAUAUUAUCUGCCGCGGAACGGGAGGAGGGACUCAGUGUACAUCUGCGACGCUACAAAUCACUGCUCAUUGAGAACUACAGAGGCCCCAAUGCUUUCAAGUCAUCGGAGCCAAUCGUACACUAGCAAGAGAGUAAAUAAAUCGAAUUAAACGUUGAUAUGAAUAAGCACGCAUUCUCUUAA